AUCGGAAUAAGAUAUUCUAUUAAACAUACAUAAUAUAAUGGGUGUUUCAAUGAAAAAAAUAUGAUGUUUGCUUAGAUGUCAGAAAAUUGAUAGUGUUUUGUUGUCACUUAGAAAAAAGACAUUUGUUUACCCUGAUAUUUCUGAAAACAAAAUAGUUAUAAGGUUUCAGGCUUCUAGGAGACGGUGAGUCAACUGUAAUUGACUGAUUUUUUUUAAAUUAUAUUUUAAAUAUAAGUGUACCUCCCGAAGAUAUGUUUUGUUAAUUAAUUAUUAUAAGGGGUGUUUUUUUUCGAUGUAUAGAACUUUAAGUUGCAAUAAAACAACGAUGGAUUAUUCGGUUGACAUGAAUUUUAUUUAUCCGAAAGAUAAUCUUGUGGCAUUACAUUUUAAAUAUAAUUUCUGGCAUAUGACCGCCACGGCUGGCGCGGAUGUAGUCCAAUCUGAACGUCCAAUUUUCGAUGACUUUUUCCAACAUUUGUGGCCGUAUGUCGACAAUAACACGGCGAAUGUUGUCUUCCAAAUGGUCAAGCGUUUGUGGCUUUUCCGCAUAGACCAAUGGCUUUACAUAGCCCCACAGAAAGUAGUUUAGCGGUGUUAAAUCACAAGAUCUUGGAGACCAAUUUACAGGUCCAAAACGUGAAAUUAGGCGGUCACCAAACGUGUCUUUCAAUAAAUCGAUUGUGGCACGAGCUGUGUGACAUGUUGCGCCGUCAUGUUGACACCACAUCUCCUGGACAUCAUGGUUAUUCAAUUCAGAAAUGAAAGAGUUAGUAAUCAUAGCUCUAUACCGAUCACCAUUGACUGUAACGUCUUGGCCAUCAUCGUUUUUGAAGAAGUACGGACCAAUUGCUCCACCAGUCCAUAAAGUGCACCAAACAGUCAGUUUUUCUGGAUGUAACGGUGUUUCGACAUACACUUGAUUAGCUUAGCUCCAAAUGCGGUAGUUUUGUUUGUUGACGUAGCCAUUCAAUCAGAAGUGCGCUUCAUCGCUAAACAAAAUUCGCUUAUGAAAAUCGGGAACAACGGCAAUCUCGUUUUGAGCCCAUUCGACGAAUCUACGCCUUACUUGAUGAUCGUUUGGCUGCAAUACUUGCACGAGUUGGAUUUUGUAAGCACGUAAACCUUCCGCAAAAUCUUUCAUAAAGUGGAUGGACACAGAUCCAAUUCCUGUGCUCGAUGGCGGAUGUACUCAUUCGGGUCUUCCUCAUUGCUACGCUCUACAGCAGCAAUAGCUUCUUCUGUACGUACCGUACGGCGUCUCUGGGGAUGCGAGUUAUCAAUAAGAGUAAACGUGGUGCGAAAACGUUCUGUGGUUAAUCGAAUUAACUGCUUUGAUGGACGAUUUUGUCGACGAUAAAAUGGACGUAUUGCGCGAUACAUAUUCCGCACAGAACCAUUAUUUUCGAAAUAAAAUUGCACUAUUUGCAAGCGUUGUUCAGGCGUGAGUCUAUUCAUGAUGAAUUGCCUACUAACUGAGAAUAAAUCACUUGACAGCUGUUAAAUCGGUCGCCAUCUUGAACAGUAAUGCCAACUUAAAGUUCUAUACAUCGAACAAAAACACCCAUUAUUUAUUUAUUUAAUUAUAAACAAGCCUAUCUUAGAAAUAGACGCAGCUGUCUAAUAAAAUAAAAGCACAAAAUAUCGCAAAGAAAAGCAUACAUAACUGAACUUGCUCAAGUUAUUUUAUAUAGCAAGCAAUAAUAAAUUAAAAAAAAAAUAUGCAUUAAGUGUAGGAAUUUCGCGUUAGGUGUUGUUUAAAGCCCCGAAAACUUAGGGCAAAUAUACCUAAGUAAGGAUUAGUGUUAAAAAGUCAUUUUUCCAGAACAAACUGAGGUUAAAUUAAAUUGUUUACAGCUUGAUAAACAAAGACUAAAACAGUUGUUUCGGCUUGCGCAAGUCGUUUAGAGUUUAAGUUACAGAUGAAGAGAACAGUUUUAAUUUCCAGCUGCAUUGUUGCUGCAGUGUUAAUAGCCUUUUACCGAGUAUACUAAUUUAGUCAUUUUUAGAUCAGCGCAUAAUGAGUAGCUAGUGUGCAAAAUGCGAACAUCACAUAGAAAAAUGAUGAUGAUAUUAAUUAAUUAAUACAAAUAAGUUGAUCCAUGAGGUGUAGUAAGAAUAGUUACUAAUUUGUAAAGAAACUUGAAAUAAUAGAUAUUCACUUUAAUAGUUACAAUGUAAUUCCACUCCUUAUUACUUUACAUUACAGAAAUACAAAUUACAAUUGGUAAGAAAUUCCAGUCAGUUAUUUAUUUCCUACUUCUCUUUUGAAGCACAAUUUGAUUAACUUUACAAUGUAUCCCAUUCUACAAAAACUAUUAUGGUAACAGCUGCAACUAUCUCUUUACCGUCCAAUGAACCUCUGCGAUAUCCACAACUCGAUAGCGUGAUUCUGAAUAAGAAGCAAUUUUGGUCCCUAUUGGAUAACUUUCAGUACGCAUCCGAACUUCUUCAGACCUAAUAAGGGAUAUUGUGAGUUGCCAAAACUUUCCCAAUAUCAUAUCGGAAAAAUUAGAGCGAUACAAUAACCAGCCACUUUCAUAAAUACUUCGAAAUUAUCGCCGCCUUCUCAAUUCUCUCCCUUCCAAGAAAGCUACUCGUAAGAACGAAAACUGAAGUUUCUUUAAAGGAACGAGUACUCCCUUGUGGGUAAUAAUAUUAUUGAAGCAUGUAACGUUCGUAGCGAAACUUUAGCAGACAGUUUUCUUGUUUGAUGCCAAGGGAAAAAUUUUAAUAAAAUUUUAUUAACAAACAAUGUCCCAUUCGACGCAAAUGGAAAAACAUUCAGAAAGAAGCAAGAAUACGAAGUAACGUGUGUGUAACACGAGGUUCGCAAGUUGAAACAAGGAUGAGGGAACGGAUAUGGGUGGAAUAGCGCAAUAACGCGCUGCUCGGUUGACCCACGCUGGCCUAACAGACUAUGUAAUAUGCUAAAGGCAACUAGGAUCCUAAUUUUAGCACCUCAUCCUCUCUCUUGAAAUCUUUAACCUAAGCGUCUAGUCUUUCAACUAGUUACAAUAGCAUUGUCGGUAAAUUUAUAUUUGGGAUUACCCAUAAGAUUUUAUACCACUGAUCGAAACCAUUUGAUACUUUCAAGAUCUAAGGUAUUGAAGUCUACAUCAAUUCUUCCCCUAUAUUUCAAAGGAAAAGGAAUUGAAACUACUUGUUAAUCUAGUAAGCCUUGCGAUAAGGCUUGUUAAUUUUAUUUUUAUUUUUUAUUUGAAAAAAAUGUAUAAUAACCCGAAAGUUAAAACUUUCACUGUUAGAAGAGUAAGAGAUUAAAACAAAAGCUUGCCGAUUGAUCUAUUUGCCAGGGGAAUGAAUUUAAAAAUGAAAAUUAAGCAAUAUGUGAACACAUUUGUCAGCAGAACGGGUCCCCCGAUUUGAUAGAAAGAAACGUAAAACGACGAAAACUACGAUAAACAUCUCCAUUCUUUGUCUUAACUCCCCUAAAAUUUGUUUAGGACCACUUCGGUUUGUCUGUAUAAAUCUAUAAAUCUUGUUUAGUGCCUUCUAUCACAACAUCCCUGUUUUGUUUAUCUUAUUUGUGUUUUCAUUUACAAGAUAACUCCCACGAACAAAACUAACAAGAUACUAUUUUGUCCAACUUGCCUUUUAAUCAAUAUUUUGGCGAAAAUUUUUUGGAAAAUCUGCUUCGAACACAACAUAACUUAAACUGCAAGCGCGCUGGUGUCUGGAGUUUACGACACACAUAUUCGAUAUGAAACUUACGUGUUAUCCGAAGACUCCUUCGAGACCCAUUCGCCCAAUGAAUACUGAUAAACAAUCUCACUUUGCGAUCUGUUUGAAUCAUCAGAUGCGAGUUCCCGAAGGAAGGUCUUCGGAUGACUAAGUAUUGAAACAUUCAAACUGCUUAUUCGCCCAUGGCGUUCGAUAAGGCGAGGGAUAGGCGUUACUUCCUCACUGCUUCCAUUUGGUCAAUUCGGCAGUGAUAGAUGAAAUAGGUUAAAAGCAUAGGUCGGUAAAGUUUUGCGACCAUCUAGUUCUAUCUAAAAUAAAUUUCUGAAAAACUAAUUUAAAAAAGAUGUUAUAUGCACUUGUUAUUCAUAAAAAUAUUUCAGGGAUUCGAUUUCUAUGAAGUAACGUUGGUCGAGUUCUUAAUCAAUUUUCAUUCAGGCUUCGAACGCUCUUUAGCUGCAUCUGAAGUAGGCAGCGGAUUCAAUGCUAAAAAUAUUAUUCAAAACAUUUAUAUCGUAGUGCAGAAGUUUUUAAAUUAACGUUAUUAACAUUAUUUUCCGAAAAUUAUCAGAAUCAUCAAUAUUUUGCCGUUUCCGAACUCUUAAUGACGAUAGUUCAAUUUAAACCACCUGAUUCUAAUUUUCUAAUCUAAUCACAAAAUUCGUACCAAAAUUUCAUUGAUAACAUAAUUCUAUAUCCUGAUUUGAGGAUAAACACACGGUUUUUAAACGAAAUUAGAGUUUAUUUUGAUCGAUAGGAGAGCGAAACGGGCGUACCGCCAUCUAGAACAUCGCUGCCACUACAUGAGGGAGCUAAAUCAAUACAGAGCAGGGCGCUGCUGCAGGAAUCGUUCUGGCAGCAUUCUCAUAUGAAACUGUUCAUUCUGAAAUGUGUAGGGAGCGCUGGUUACGGGAAAGUCGCUUGUUACCAACAUUUCAUUAACAACAUAAAAUGUAUUUUUUAUUAGUGUUCAAAGUGAUGUCCAUUAGUCAUCGCCUCAUGAUACUAUAAGUUCGGGUUUGUCUCGAGAUUUUUUGAACACAACUAAAAUCGCUAUCAGCAUUUUGACUGUUUUGCAUAAGCUAUUCUAACAAGUUUCGAGAGAAAAAUGCUUGUUUAAUUAGCUUUGUAAGUAACUGUGAGUUACAUAUUAAAAAAAUCAACUUUUUGUUAUUACAAUUAAAAUUCAGGAUACAAACUGUAUUUUUGGAAAUUUUCAGUUGUAUUAGUACAACCUUUGCUUGUAUUGGUGUUUAUGGUGCGAAUAUUUUUCGGAAAAACGAUUUCGCUAAAAAAUUAAUUAUUUAUAAUAAAUAUAGGGUGUACACUGUGAGGAAUUAGACAUAUAACAAAAAGAGGUAUAAUGUAAAUAUAUAUUUCAUUUGGUGAAAUUAUAUUUAAAAUCAUAAUUUAUGAGUAAAAUAAUUAUUAAACAGUUUUCCAAAAUAAACACAACAAACGGAAUUAAAGAAAAGACCUUUUUGUAUAAGAAAUUCAGAAAUAUCUGCUACCAACUAAGCUUACGCUUACAGACACAAUCUUACGUUGUGUAAUUAAGGCAAAUGAAAGUUCGAAGUUCUUUUAGUUUCAAAUUUCUUUUUUCUACUUCCGUCUGUAAAAUAAUUAAUUACACACCGAUCUAGCGUGCGGGAAGCAUCACUUUACUGCGUCAGUUUCGUUUCUCACGGAUCCGAGCCACUUCGGACAUUUCCCGGAUUUUACCGCACGGGUUUCGGAACAGUCGGAUGUUUUCAGAGAUAUUUCCCACGCUUUGAAUUUUGACAUUUGUCAAUUUGGACGGUCAUAUCAGUGAAUGUAUUCGUGUUGUUUUGCGCAAAUGUACCCAAAAACUAACGGUCGCAGAAAAAGUAUAGUAUGCAACACGUUCCGUAAACUUUUCAAGUCACUCGUUUAUUAAACGCUCGCUCCGCUCGUCUCAAAUAAACUCUUGAGUCAAAUGCGGUUUACCGCACUUGUUGCAUAAUAUACUAUUAACCGCUAGUUUAUACAUCACAGGACAUCCCAGAAAAAGAAUUCUUACCACAUUUUCGCCGGGUUCAUAUUUUCUAUAACGUACCUCAAACUUUCGUUUCAUAAUAAAAGAUCUUUUUCGUUUAAAUAAAAAUAUUGUUUGGAAAAUUGCUUUUUGAUAUUCUGCCCUUCUUGUCAAGGCUGCCAUAUAUUUCUUUCUCUCUCAAUUAAAGCAAUUAUCUACGUAUUAAUUCGCAUCACAAUCCAACACACCCAUAAAAUCGGUAUGACAUUUUGAUAAAAUGCCCGCCGACACUUCUGUUAAAUUAAAUGAUUUCGGGAUACUGUUGAGGUUUUAGAAAAUCAGAAAAAUGCAAACAAAAUGCAAAUUUCGGAAAGCCAAAUUGUGCUGCCACCAGAACUAUUGCCAGAGUUCAGAUAAAUGAAGUUAUUUUUUUACCAAAUAGGGAUUACAUGCAACAUUUCAAGUGUUUAUUCCUACUCAGAGACAGAUAAGCGUAUAAAUAACGUUAGUGGUCUAAUGACAACGUACAGUGUAGGUGUAGUUGAAAUACGAUUUAUGCAGCAUGGAUUUUAGAUUAGUUAUUAUAUUUUUUAUAGCAUUAACUACGAGCCGAGCGGAUGAUUUUUCGAGUAUUUACUCUGACGAUGUAAGCAAUAAAUAUUUUCCUGAGAAUUUUUUGUUCGGUUACGCGUCCGCUGCAUACCAGUACGAAGGUGCUUGGGAUGAGGACGGAAAAGGACCCAGCGUAUGGGACUGGGACGCACAUAACACAAAUUGGUUUCCUGUAGGCCAGAACGGUGAUAUCGGUCCCGAUGGGUAUCACAAAACCGACGAAGAUGUUGGUAUUCUGAAGGCCCAAGGAGUUCAAGCUUACCGGUUCUCCAUAGCGUGGUCCAGGGUACUUCCAACGGGAUUAAUUGACAAUAUUAACCAAAAAGGCCUUGACUAUUACAAAGAUUUAAUUGCUAAACUAAAGGCGAAUAAUAUCGAGCCCCUAGUAACGAUGCACCACUGGGAUAUACCCCGAGUUUUAGAAGAGCAAGGUGGUUUUUUAAAUACUUCACUUAUCGUCCCGGCAUUUGUUGAUUACGCUACACUUCUUUUCAAAACGUACGGCAAUGACGUGAAAUACUGGGCCACGUUCAACGAGCCUAAACAAACAUGUGCAGGGGGUUACGAAUGGGGAGGAAUAUCCCCUCAGAAUUUGCAUCCAGGGUUUGGAGCAUACCUUUGUUCCUACAAUCUUCUAAAAGCGCAUGCUAAAGCUUAUAGGGUUUAUGACGAGCAGUUCAGAGCUAGUCAGAAUGGGUUUAUUUCUAUGGUAAUUGAUACACCGUGGAUCGAACCAGCCACGGAUUCGGCUCUAGAUGCCGAAGCAGCUGAAAGAAAUCUGCAAUUUUUCUACGGCUGGUGGGCAAAUCCUAUUGUCAACGGAGAUUACCCCGAAAUUAUGAAGGAGAGAGUUAGAGAAAGGAGUCUCAGAGAAGGUUACAAUCGAUCAAGGCUUCCGUCUUUCACGGAUGAAGAGAAACAGGAACUCAAAGGAAGCUAUGACUAUUUAACUAUUAAUAUGUAUACUUCGAACUUGGCUACUUACAUCAACGAUGUUGACAAUGCUGUUAAUUUCGCGAAUGACAUAUCCGUGUUACUAACACAGCCAGCAGAUUGGGAACAAACAGCGGCUGACUGGUUUAGGGUGUAUCCGCCUGGUGCCCGUCGGGUGAUUAACUGGAUUCGCGAUCGAUUCGGCGAUGAAAAGGGCAUUAUCGUUACAGAAAACGGUUACACGGACUUCGGCAACAACCUUCAAGAUUUAGACACGAGAGGUCGUUACCACAUGAACUAUCUCAGCAACAUAAAUGACGCAAUACACGUCGAUGGCGUUAACGUGACCGGCUAUAUGGCGUGGAGUUUCAUCAAUGACGUCGAAUGGUAUGCGGGUUGGAUCGUAAAUCUGGGACACUACUAUGUUGAUUUCGAUAGUCCAGCACGCACGAGGACACCGAAGGAAUCGGCAGCCUACUAUCGGAAAAUUGCUACUACGAAAUGUCUAGUUGAUAGUUGCGUUAAUUAAUUUGCAAUAUAGUCAAUG